GGAUAUUUCUGCAUUGGCGAGGCCAGGUCAUCAUGUCCGAUCCUUUCGCCGGCUUCGACGUGUUUGCGCCGUCGUCGUCGCACCGAGGAAACGGAGCCGCCGCCAACUUUAUGACGACACCGGUUGCUCCAUUCGCCCCGAGCCAACCGCCACAGCAGCAGCUCCACAAGCAGUCGUCGAUACAUCAAAACAUCAUGAGUCAAUUCCAAACAUCGAUUCAAACCAACGCAAACGGCCCUGCCCGAACGCAGUACAUGACGACGCAGCAGGCCACGGCCAACUUCCAGCCUUCUCCGUUCGCCACGACGUCCGUGCAACAACGCAACCCGUUCGCUGACCCCGUCGUCACCCCAUCGCAUCCCAUAGCCUCCAACGCGAACUCCCCACCUGUAACGAAUAACCCUUUCGGCGAUCCCUUCGGAACACAAGCCCCGCCGCCUCCCUCUUCGUUGGUGUACAAUUCUCACCAACAACAAUUCAAUGUCGCACCGCCCCAAUCGUCUCAAUACACCACGUGCCCCUCAGCCACGAUCCAAGACUUCGAUCCGUUCAGUCCCAAAGGUUCAACGCCCCAUCUCCCAUUUGACUUUCCCGUCCAGCAAAAAGCAACGUUUAGCGCCCGCCAGCCUUCGUUCACUCGACCCACUCAAGAAGAUGCGAGGCGGCCGCUGGACGUUGCGGCCUACGCGACGGCAUCGCCACAGCGCCGCGCGUCUGUUAAGGACAUGCUUGAGGCGGAAGCUGCCAUGAACAAGAUGUCGCUUGGGCCCAAGAAGCCAUCGGUCCCCGACAACGGGUUCUCCGUCUCCAACUCGUCCGAUAUCUUUGCCGUCAACACAUUCGCCAACCUCGACGACGACUUCAACCCGCGAAGUGCUGCGGGGUCGCGACGGAACAGCAUGGAGUCCGACGGCGGCGCAGUGUUGACGCGGGCGCCGUCGCAGUAUCUGGACGACGAAAUGGAAGAAGACGAGUACGAGGUCGUGUUUGACUAUGGAUCCAAGCUUGGCGUGCUCAUGGAGCGCGUUGACACUUUUGUCAAAGAGAACAAGCAAGACCGAAAGCGCGAGCUUGCCGUCGUCAAGUUGGUCGUGGAAGGCGGCGCCGCCGACCGCAUCGGCGUCAAAGUCGGCAGCAUCAUUCGAGGCAUCAACGGCAAAGACAUGGCCCGUGAGAGCUACAACACGGUGCUCGACCUCAUCAAGUCUGCGCCGCGCCCCAUGACGAUCCGCUUGAAAGAGCACAACGAUGCCAAGGAGACAUCCCAGGGCGCCGUGCUGACGCGUAUCUCGAGUGGGACGUUCAGUGUCGGGAAUCUGACCGCAGGCAAUGCCAAGUGGGACAGCAAAUACUUUGCGUUUGGCGGGGCCAAGAUGGAUGUUCUGCAGCUCUUCGUGUCACGCGCAGCGUACCACGAGUGCGUAAUUGCGCUGUACGAGAAGCGCCAAGUGUCGACGCAAAUUCAAUCGUUCCGCCUGUAUGGAGACCACAAAUUGUCCCCAAUCAAGAGCAAGAUCUACAAGGGCUACGGGAACUUGCACUACUUUUCGCUGACCGUGCCGUCCCUGCGCUUUGUCGCAGCCAAGUUUGCCAGUGAAAACUACGACACGAUCAAGAGCAUGUGGCAGAUCGCGUUCGAAGCCAUCGAAAAGAAGAAGCGCCAGGCGUUUUGAGAUAUUAAUUGGCAUGAAUAACACAAACGGCAAUGCAUACACAC